AUGUCAAUCUUCAAAGAGGAUCCAACAAAAGAUUUGCUUCCUAUUGCAUUCAAGUUCACCUUCGAAUAUGAUGUCUCCGUGCGUUUCUUCUUGGACUGCUGCUUACCGUUGGAGCUCAAAGCGAAUUGGACGCAGCAAAAAGUUGUGAUGGACACCUCUUUGGGAAUGACCGAGGAAGGCAUCGCACAGGUCUUAGCUAACCUCGGUACGGUAUUCGAUCCAACGACUAUCACGCAAGGUUCAGGCCACCAUUCACGAAUUGGAUUGGUUACAUAUGGAACCAACGCAGAAAUAAGACACAAGCUGACCGAGUUUAAAUCCACUGAUGAAUUUUUGGAGAGGAUUUGGGACAUUCAACGAGCAAACGACCCAUUAAGUAAUUUGAAAGAUGGUCUUAUGAAAGCUGAACAAGUCUUCCGUGAGGGCCGUGCAGACGGAUCCAGGGACAACUGCAAAGAAGCUAUCAUUAUUUAUGCCAGUGUUUACAAGGAGAGCCACUUCGAGGAUGCCAAGCAGCUUGCAGAUCAGAUCAAGAUCAGCGGAAAGGACAUCAUCGUCGUUGCAUUCGACCAGGGUGGCAAGCCUAAUGCUCUAGACCAAAUCCGUAAGAUUGCCAGUGAUGGCUUCUACUUCACAAAUGUGAUACCCAACCUUUCCGGCGAAGUCCAGCACGCGCUUUGUGCAAUUAACUGCUUCUGCAGAAAGCAAUGGCUCCAGUACACUCUUGACACAAUAAAAUACGGCUCUUGCCUCAGAAUUGGUGGAAUUGACUCAAACUGGAACUUGGCCAAGCAAGCUUGCAUCAGGAUAGGUCAUGAAUCGGGUCAUCUUGCCUCUGUUCUCGAUAACGCAAAGCACAACUUCAUCGCGCAUAUGUUCAAGAAUGACUACAGGAUGGAAUCCCCAUACAUGUACCACAUUGGUCUCUCUUAUGACACCGCGCAGAAUGGCUACUUCUGGGAGCAGCCUAAAGGCUCAGAACCAGCAAAGAUUCCUAUGGAAGGAUCUGACUUCCGAAAGUGGAACAAGGGCUUCCCAUCUCUGAAUGGAGAUGCAAGAUGCGUGCUCACAGCUCAGACUUCUACCAGCUUCGAGCUUGGUUGGCAAAAUAUUCACUGCAGAAAUGUAUCCAAGCGUUACAUUUGCCAGAUGAAUUCGUGCGAUACCGAUAACUAUUGUGCCAACCCUAACGAAUGAAGUGGAACAGCUAUACAUUAUGCUGAAUUUAAUUCGCACUUACAUAUUGCGCAUGCGCCUUUACUGAUUGUUCAAUAAAUUGUGUUUUUAUCGGUGUAUAUGU